UUGAUAGCUACUAACCACGUUAGCCUAGAUGAAUGUCUUGGCUGGAACAUGACUUGCAGAGAUGCUUUCUAGAGCAGAAUACUAUUCUCCAUCAGUUAGCUCGCGAGCAAUACGCACGCCACAACUGGUCCCACAGACAUCCUGUGCAGUCUCUUACAUCAAGGCGUUCUAUGUUGAGUGUUGAUGCGAAUUUUUACGGAGACAGAGCAAUUCAAGGGAAUGUCCCAUUGGAAGAUUUGCCGAUUCAGAAUGCUGAAAUGCAGAGAAAGUUGGUGAACCACAUGCUGAGAAACUUUGAAAUCCCUUCUCAGACGACCUCCACCAGUCACAAUCAAACGACUGGUAGUCACUCUUCACUUGCAAUGACCGACGUAUCUACCGACUUUUCUCCUCCAUUGGAGGUUUCCCCGCCCACCGGCUAUCCAAGAAACGAUAAUCUAUUGCCACCAUAUGAUGAAAGGAAAUCUAUAAAGUUGUCUCAACAAGACAUCAAAGUUGGUGACGACAAUACAAGCAACAUCGAGGAGGACACACUGGAUUUGCGACUGCAUGGUCAACAACAAGCUCCUACAGCUUCAUUGCCUUACGUUCGGUCUUGGUCAUCAAGAAAGUCCAAACACAUUCCACACACAUUCAUCAGUGUCAUAAGGGCUGGCACUUACCCGUUUCCUGGCAAUGACUCGGUGAAACAUUUGAGACGAAUAUUUUGGGUUGCUUUGUUUUGCAUGACGUUGGUGAACAACAUGCACAAGAGACAUAAGGCUGCUAGUCAACUGGCAGUUGUGAUAUGGAAUGGAAGGGCGAGUCUUCAUCUGCUGUUUUUGUCGGAUGACGUUCCUGUAAAGAGUGUUAUUCGCUUAAUCACAUCACCAAAUGCCAAGCAUCUGCUGGUGAGAAGCCGUGGGAUAUUCAGACGAGCAUCUGGUGAUGAUAGGGCUGCUCUACAUAUCCUCUCUACUACUACUGAACAGUUGCUGGAUGAAGUGAUAAGAAUUACACCAAGCUCCAGUGGUCUUAAUCACAAAUUGAUUAUCUGCGUGUGGCGUUUGAUUCAACCACUCACUGUGUUUCCUCUUGAUUAUUUGUGGAGCCUAGAAAAGGAAUACUUAACUUUUGAUAGACUACGACAGACUAAAGACGUAUCCAAGGAAGGCGCUUUAGCUCUCUUUCUCUGUUUCUUUGUCUUGCGCUCACUCACCACUACGAUUGUUCUCAAUCCUCAAGAAUAUCACAUAACACAUAGCCAUCUCAGUGACACAGCAUGCAGCAAUCUCAAGACUGUUGCUUCACUCAUAUUCUACAUUGUGCGUCAUUGUUUAGCCGGAUUGAGAGGAACAGUGAAACCUGUACCGGAUGAAGUCGCUUCUUGUCUUCACCCCGACGAGGAGAUGAAGUUUGUGUACAAAAAGUUGUCUCACACUGUACACUCAUACCAGAAGCAGUUGAGUCAGUGGGCGUUGAGAUUCUUGGAGGAGGUGAAAGCAGAGAGACGUUGAUGGCAUGUGUAUGGAGCAUGGAUGUAGGCAAAUUCAAUGCAUUGGGAGAUAGAGCGAAAAAAGCAAUGUGUAUGACAAAAUGCAGUCAUGAAGUGAUGAUACGCUCAGUGACUGUUCUGGUAUGAUACUUCACUUGUCACGAACACUUGCAUGUCGGUAAACUGUGUGACAUGUUUAGAGUUAAAUUAAAUUAUUUAUUGAGGUGACGAUUGGGUAGUUAGUUAGCUAAUCAAAUUUAUUUGACUGUUGAAAGUG